AUGCCGUCUUUCAUGAAGGACCACUCGACGCUCGGAGAUAGGAAGGAUGGUUUGGUCUGGGUAGUUGAUGGUUCAGAUCUAAGAAGGUUGGAUGAUUGCAAAAUGGAGCUGGAUAACCUUUUGAAGGAAGAGAGACCAUCUGGAGCAUCUCUACUGAUACUGGCAAAUAAGCAGGACAUUAAAGGCGCCCUUACACCUAAAGAAAUAGCCAAGGUGCUGAACUUAGAAGCCAUAGCUGUGCCCUUUGAACAUGGCGGUGCUCUGAGCUGGGUAGUUCCAAGGGCUUUCUGGGGCAUUUUCGCUACUGAAACCUCUGGUUUUGUUAAUCUUACGUUGUUCUGA